AUGAGAAAAAGACCUCACAUGCAGUUACUGACUAUCACCUCGCUCCUCUUGUUGGUGCUGUUCCUCGUGUAUAUAUGGAUGUCCAGCUACAUCAUACGCAUAAGCCAAGAAAAGGAAAAAAACCCUACAUACAUGCAGACUAGUCCAUCAAGAAAAGUUGAUAGCAACCAACUUCUUAUUGUUCUAUGGACUUGGCCCUUUGGAGAAAUAUUUCCUCUGGACACAUGUCAGUCCGUGUAUGGAGUAUCAGGGUGCAUAUUGACAACCGAUCGUAAAUUGUUAAAUCAGGCUGAUGCUGUAAUCAUUCAUCACAUUGAUAUCAUGUCUAAUAAAAAGCUCCCCCAAGGACCAAGGCCUCACUACCAGCGUUGGAUUUGGUUCAACAGGGAGCCUCCAACCAUCUUAGAGAACCUCAGUAUGUUAGACAAUCUUAUAAACAUGACGAUGACCUAUCGAGAGGAUUCUGAUAUUUUUAUUCCCUAUGGUUUCCUGAAGCCACUGAAGGAACCUCAGAGUAUUAAAAUUCCUACAAAAUCCAAGCUGGUGGCCUGGGCAGUUAGUAAAUGGUACCCGGGUGUUCGGAGGACUGCUUACUAUGAAGAACUGAAGAAACACAUUCCUAUUGAUGUGUAUGGAAAACACCACAAGAAUCUGAGCUGGGCUGAUUUUUACAGCACCCUUUCUCAGUACAAAUUUUACCUGGCAUUUGAAAAUUGCGACCAUAAGGAUUACAUAACUGAGAAGCUGUGGUUCAAUUCUUUUGAAUUAAGGAUUGUUCCUGUGGUACUUGGAGCCACCCGAAAGAACUAUGAACGCUUCAUCCCUCCUGACUCCUUCAUUCACGUGGAUGAUUUCUCCAGUCCUAGAGAGCUAGCACAGUUCCUGCUGGACCUGGACAAAGACUAUGCCAGAUACCAACAAUAUUUUAAGUGGAGAUCAAAUUAUGCUGAAGUUAGAGAGAUCGGGUGGGAUAAUCAUUACUGUAAAGCAUGCAGGGAGCUGCAAGAGUACAAAGGUUACAAAGUUAUCCAGAGUGUGGAAAAAUGGUUCCUGACGUAAAGUU